GCCAUACUUAAGAAUGUUAACUGUAGUUGUCAUUUGUGCUACUUAACUUUAAUCUCUUGAUAUUAUGAAUGUUAUGUUAUAGAUAUUUCGCCGAGAUCAAUAGUAUAUAACCUUAAACGCCUUUAAAAUGUCGGCAAAGACUGAUCUGCAGGACGGUGAUGGCAAAGUCAGCAGGGUGAUUCGUGUUGGCACCAGGAAAAGCCAGCUGGCCCGCAUUCAGACAGACAGUGUUGUAGAGAAACUCAAGGAGUUACACCCUGAUGUGCAUUUCGAAAUAGUGGCUAUGUCAACAACAGGAGAUAAAAUACUUGACACAGCUUUAUCCAAAAUUGGCGAAAAGAGUCUCUUCACAAAGGAACUGGAGAAUGCUUUGGAAAAAAAUGAGGUAGACUUGGUCGUGCACUCUUUGAAAGACUUGCCUACUGCUCUUCCUGUGGGUUUCACUAUAGGAGCUGUACUGAAACGUGAAAACCCUUAUGAUGCUGUUGUCCUUCACCCCAAAAAUAAAGGCAAAUGUCUAGACUCCCUACCCAACAAAAGUGUCAUAGGUACCAGUUCUCUUCGCCGGGCUGCACAGCUGAAGAAAAGAUUUCCCCAUCUGGAGUUUAAAGACAUUAGAGGUAAUCUCAACACUCGUCUGAAGAAACUGGAUGAACAUAAUGACUUUUCUGCCAUCGUCUUGGCAGCAGCUGGUCUUCGUAGGAUGGGCUGGGAGAACCGCAUUAGCCAGGUUCUUAAACCUGAGGACUGCAUGUAUGCUGUUGGACAGGGUGCUUUGGCCAUUGAGGUGCGAGCCCGAGACCAGGACAUCUUGGAGAUGGUGUCGGUACUAAAUGACCCUGACACUGUCCUGAGGUGCAUCGCAGAGAGAGCUUUCCUUAAACAUCUGGAGGGGGGCUGUAGCGUUCCAGUUGCUGUUUACACAGAAAUUAAGAAUUCACAGCUUUAUCUGACUGGAGCAGUGUACAGUCUUGAUGGCUCGGAUAGUCUGAAAGAGACCAUGCAGACAAGCAUCAAUUCAAAUCAGAUUGAGGAGCAAGAGAAAGUUGACGAAAAGGUCCAGCGCGUGGGCAUCACCGCCUUAAAGGUGUCAGGAGAAGAUCAGGAUGCUGCAGUCAAGUUAGGAGUGGACCUUGGAAUUCUGCUGCUCAGCAAGGGAGCCAAAGAGAUACUGACUGUAGCCAGGCAGCUUAAUGAUGCCCGAUAGGUAUAUAAUGUCCUCAACUCAAUCUACACAUUCUUUUCUUCUCACAAGAUUAUGUAUCAGCCAGUCAAAAGUAUUUUCUAAAAUGAUGUGUUUCUGACAUAAUAUAUGGACGACCUUACUAUAUUUUUAUUUGCAGUAAACCAUUAUUGCAGUUAAUUAAAUCUGAAUGUUGAGAAGGCAGCUGUACCUAGAAGUUGGUUAAUUGUAGUUACUACUGAAACACAGACUUGCAUUAUAAUAAUUGCAGAAAAUAACUUGGUUAUUGUUCAUAUCGCAGCAAAUCACCUUUCAUAUAAACAACUCUUUUAAACUUGCAUCAAGCUAAACCAACAGAAGACCAGCUUGGCCAGGCUGGGAAACCAUCUUAAAUCAGCUAAGCCAUUCUUCAGCAAAGAGAUUAAACCAUGAACCCACAAUCAUGCCUUUUAAGAUGGUGUGUGUUAAUCUAAGCACAUGCUCGAAUGAAACUUGAAUUUUAGUGGGAUAUAAAUCGUAUAAGCUGCUUGAAGUGUCAUCUACAUUUGUUAUUUUGUGUGAUGCUUUCACUAACUGGUUAUAUGCACAUGUGAAAGUAUACAGCCUAAUAAUCUGUAUUCCACUACAAGACAUUUUGUAUGAUAGGGCUGGGUGAAACAAAGUGAAACAAUGUGUACAUCUAAGUCAAAUACUCAUAUUAGAGGUAACAAUCAACUUUAUUAAAACAGUGUAUGAUAAGCAUGCAAUUCAUAGACCAUUCCUCCCUGUUUAAAAAUAUACAACUGCACAAUAUGCAAACAGGUCAAGCUAACGUCUGACCUCAAUGUACAUUUCUAAGAGAGCUUCUGUUGCAAAGAAUCAUGUUAGACCACACUGUAAAAAGUGAAAAGUUGGAUCAACUUAAAAAAUGACUUCAAUUGUGUAAUAUUGUACAUGCUUAAGUAAAAAAAAAAACAUGAUAAAUUUGAUUGAUAAAGUGAUAAAUUUAAGUUGGAAAAAACAACAAGUAAUUUUUUUCAAGUUGAUCCAACGUUUCACUUUUUACAGUACAUAACGAUAUAGACCGCAUGGUCUUUUCCUGGAUACUGCUGGGAAAAAAUAACAAUAUAUUUCCAAAACCAUGAUGUGGUCAGCUAUUGUUUAUUUGAGUAUAAAUGUUUUUAACUUCAAAAUAUUUUCAUAUACAGUAUUUGCCAGUAACACAUUUAAAAUCCCUGUGUUGUUUUUCAAUAGCCUUUUAAAUUAAUUGCCAAAUCAAACCGCUUCAGUGCCUGGAAAAUCUUCAAAUCUUAGCGUUUAAGUUUAUGAUGCCCUAAUUUAAUGGAGUGAAUCAUAAAUUUUUUAUUUAAAACCUUUUUUCUUUUAGUCAUUUUAAAGCUUAAGUCAGUGAUUUUUUUUCUUGCAAUAAUUGUCAGGCAUCUUGUACCUGCAAAUGAAUUAGGAUUUAUUUCGACCAGUAUUUAUUUGUCAUUCUGUAGCACUGAUUUUUGUUUAUGGCCUAAGUCUAUGCUGAUUCAAAACGAACAUGUGCCAAAUUUCUGAUUUUUGGAAUGAUCUUCAAUUGUUGAAAUUCAUAUGAUGUUUUUAACUUAAUUUUAAUUUAGUUGAUUGUUUUAAUUUCAGAUUUAGGGGUGACAUACUAAUAAACUGAACUGCAAAAAAUGUAAGAGGAUUAAAUAUUUUUUUUGUUAUUGUUAAUUUGUGAAGAGAUUUGUACACUCAGAUGAAGUGUCAUUUUUACAAUUUUCAGAUGUAUUGAGCAAAUAAGACCAAAUAAAUCAG